AGUAUAACUUAUUUGUUUGUGUUUGUCUACAGUUUUAUAUGUUUUAUCUGUUACUGUCAUUUGCUCGGCGUCUGUCAAUGUCUGUAACCUCUAUAGCAGUGUUGUACUGUAAUCCUAUUCCAAUUGACUGGUUGGUCAAGUGGACUACUGCAGACAGUAGUUAAUAUUGAUUUUCAAGUAAAGUAAUAAUGGAACCAAAUCCAGUUAUUAUUGCCGCUACUGCAAAACAAACAGCGUCGCUUAUAUUUUUACACGGAUUGGGAGACACAGGCCAUGGUUGGGCUAGCACAAUUGCCGCUAUUAGAGGGCCCCAUGUUAAGGUGAUUUGUCCCACGGCGUCUACAAUGCCGGUAACGCUUAACGCGGGCUUCCGGAUGCCCUCUUGGUUUGAUUUGAGAACAUUGGAUGCUACAGCUCCAGAAGAUGAGGAAGGCAUUGUCAGAGCAACAAGUCUUGUUCAUGGAUUGAUUGCUGAUGAAGUCAAGGGUGGAAUUCCAGCAAAUAGAAUUUUGUUGGGUGGAUUCUCUCAAGGUGGUGCAUUGGCACUUCAUGCAGCAUUAACAUAUCCUGAGACCCUUGCCGGUGUUAUGUCACUCUCCUGUUGGCUGCCGAGACAUGCUCACUUUCCCGAUGCUGUGAAAUCUCCAAGAGAGCUACCUAUAUUCCAAGCGCAUGGUGACUGUGAUCCCGUCGUGCCAUUUAAGUGGGGUCAAAUGACUGCCUCGUUUCUGAAGACCUUCAUGACGAACAUUGAAUUCAACACAUAUCAGGGUCUGUCGCACAGCUCCUCGGAAGCGGAACUUAAGGACAUGAGAGCAUUUAUAGAGAAAACUUUACCAGCUGUCAAAUAAAUACAUAAAUUAUCACAAACACCCCAGUACUUAUAGAUUUAUAUGUUAUUUUAAAUUGAAUAUAUUAUUUCGUAAGGCUACUCUUACAAAAGACGUAAAAAAAAAUUAAAAACUUUAUUUUCUGUUGUCGAUCCUACACUAAGUUAUUUUUUCAGUAACCAAAUAUUGUAUUUAAGGAUAGCUAUGAAAUAAAGUAUACUUUUUAAUUCAA